AUGCCUGAAAUGAAGUCUCUCCUUCCUCUUUCUCUUCUGAUCGUCUUUCUCAUCUCCUUCGACUCAAAUGCAACCGGUCAAGAUACAAGUGCUUACCUAGACGAGACUGAAAUAUUAGAUCCUGAAAGUAUUAAGUUUCAAGAACUUUCCGACUUCAGUAAGAUAGAGAAGAGGCAGUGCACCAAGAAAUAUUGUUGUCCGAUUCCAUUAGUUUGCUGUUUCGGCGGAUUCUGCUGUUACAAUUACAAGAAACUGAUGCCAAUGAUAUUAUGCAUUUAA